AUGAUGAUGAUGAUCACCAAGACAGCAAGUGUGAUGAUGAUCACCAAGACAACAACAGUGAUCAAGAUGAUGACGAUCAUCAAGACAACAACAUUGAUGAUGAUGAUGGAUGAUGAUGAUGAUGAUGAUGACAACAACUGUGAUGAUGAUGUUGAUGAUGAUGAUCACCAAGACAACAACAGUGAUGAUGAUGAUGAUCACCAAGACAGCAACAGUGAUGAUGAUGAUUAUCACCAAGACAACAACUGUGGUGGUGAUGAUGAUGAUGAUGAUGAUGAUCACCAAGACAACACCAGUGGUGAUGAUGAUGAUGAUGAUGAUCACCUAGACAACAACAGUGGUGAUGAUGACCGAGAUGAUGAUGAUGAUGAUGAUGAUGAUGAUGAUGAUGAUGUUGAUGAUGAUGACGAUCACCAAGACAACAACUGUGGUGAUGAUGAUGAUGAUGAUGAUGAUGAUGAUGAUCACCAAUACAACACCAGUGGUGAUGAUAAUGAUGAUGAUGAUCACCUAGACAACAACAGUGGUGAUGAUGAUGAUGAUGACAACAACGAUGAUGAUGAUGAUUACCAAGACAACAGUGAUGAUCACCAAGACAGCAAAAGUGAUGAUGAUGAUGAUGAUCACCAAGACACCAGCAGUGAUAUUGAUGAUGAUGAUAAUCACCAAGACAACAUCAGUUGUGAUGAUGAUGAUGACUUCAAGUGA